AUGUAUUACAUAUUGAUGCGACAACGUGAUUAUAUGGAGGCCAUGAAGCACAAUAAAAUAGUUCACAGACAUGGGGAGAAUAUCAGGAUUACAACUUGGAUCCAUACGGGUGCUCCUAUGGUAAAACUAAACACUGAUGGUGCUAGCAAGAUUGCUAUUAAUUCUGAGUUUGAAGGAAUUAUUAGGGAUGAUAAAGUUAAUUGGGUGUAUGGCUUCUCCAAUUUCUUGAGGAAUUGUAAUGCGAUAAAGGCUGAAUGUUGGAGAGUGCUUGAAAGUCUCAAGUUCAUAAAAGAUUUAGGCAUUAAUAAGGCCAAAGAUGAAGAAAAUGUAUAA